GGCGCCCCUGGCGUGAGCGGCGCGCGGGCCGCGGGCGGCGGCGCCAUGUGGAGCGGCCGCAGCUCCUUCACCAGCCUGGUGGUGGGCGUGUUCGUGGUGUACGUGGUGCACACCUGCUGGGUCAUGUACGGCAUCGUCUACACGCGCCCGUGCGCCGGCGCCGCCAACUGCAUCCAGCCCUACCUGGCGCGGCGGCCCAAGCUGCAGCUGAGCGUGUACACCACCACGCGGUCCAGCCUGGGUGCAGAGAACAACGUGGACCUGGUCUUGAAUGUGGAGGACUUUGAUGUGCAGUCUAAGUUUGAAAGGACAGUUAAUGUUUCUGUACCAAAGAAAACAAGAAACAAUGGGACGCUGUAUGCAUAUAUUUUCCUGCAUCAUGCUGGGGUUCUGCCGUGGCAUGAUGGGAAGCAAGUGCACCUGGUCAGCCCUCUGACCACCUACAUGAUCCCCAAGCCAGAGGAGAUCAACCUACUCACUGGGGAGUCUGCUGCUCAGCAGCAAAUCGAAGCAGAGAAGAAGCCGUCAAAUGCCCUGGAUGAGCCUGUCUCUCAUUGGAGACCCAGGCUGACCCUAAAUGUGAUGGUGGAUGACUUCGUCUUCGAUGGGUCCUCACUGCCUGCGGAUGUGCACCGGUACAUGAAGAUGGUCCAGCUGGGGACAACGGUGCAUUACCUCCCCAUCCUCUUCAUUGACCAGCUGAGCAAUCGGGUGAAGGACUUGAUGGUCAUCAACCGCUCCACCACCGAGCUGCCGCUCACCGUGUGCUACGACAAGAUCUCUCUGGGGCGCCUGCGCUUCUGGAUCCACAUGCAGGACGCCGUGUACUCCCUGCAGCAGUUCGGGUUUUCAGAAAAAGAUGCUGACGAAGUGAAAGGGAUAUUUGUAGACACCAACUUGUACUUCCUAGCCCUGACCUUCUUUGUGGCAGCGUUUCAUCUUCUUUUCGACUUCUUGGCAUUUAAAAAUGACAUCAGUUUCUGGAAGAAAAAGAAGAGCAUGAUUGGCAUGUCUACCAAAGCAGUACUCUGGCGCUGUUUCAGCACCGUGGUCAUCUUCCUGUUCCUGCUGGAUGAGCAGACCAGCCUGCUGGUGCUGGUUCCUGCAGGCGUGGGUGCUGCCAUCGAGCUCUGGAAAGUGAAGAAGGCUCUCAAGAUGACGGUGACCUGGAGGGGCCUGAGGCCACGGUUCCAGUUUGGCACCUACAGCGAGUGUGAGAGGAAGACGGAGGAGUAUGACACCCAGGCCAUGAAGUACUUGUCUUACCUCCUCUACCCGCUCUGUAUCGGGGGCGCCAUCUACUCGCUGCUGAAUAUCAAGUAUAAGAGCUGGUACUCGUGGCUUAUCAACAGCUUUGUAAAUGGUGUCUAUGCGUUUGGCUUCCUCUUCAUGCUGCCCCAGCUCUUUGUCAACUACAAGAUGAAGUCGGUGGCUCACCUGCCCUGGAAGGCCUUCACCUACAAGGCUUUCAACACCUUCAUCGACGAUGUCUUUGCCUUCAUCAUCACCAUGCCCACGUCGCACCGGCUGGCCUGCUUCAGGGAUGACGUGGUGUUUUUGGUCUACCUGUAUCAGCGGUGGCUUUAUCCUGUGGAUAAGAGCAGAGUGAAUGAGUUUGGGGAGUCGUACGAGGAACGGCCCAAGCGGAAAUCUCAUGCAGACUGAAGGCCCUGGCUUGGGCUUCCUGGUCAGCAGUGGACGGGCCUCCGGAGGCUUGGGGAGUUCCCAGACACCACAUCUUCACGUUGCCAAAUCCCUCAGCUUCCCCCGUGCUCCCCUGUCCUGGAGCACACACAUGAACAGGAUGCGUCCGGCGUGGGCGGGCCUCCACGGUGCCCUCCUCUGCCAAGUGGGAGAUGGUGGGUUUCCAUUUCAAGUUGUUUUUUUAAGUGCUCCUUAUGUGAUUCAAAUGCAUAUGGAAAUUCAUUCCAUAUGAACUCUGGGAUCAACUGGCUCUUUCCCUCCUGUUUAAAAUUUGAUUGUUUUCAGCUUAAUUAAUGUAUGUUUGUAUUUUAAAAUAAAUUUCUCUGGCUGUGA